AUGUCAUCGCGGCUGGAGGCGACGCCGCUGAGGGACGGGAAGCACGUCGCGGCCUCAAAAUGCAGCAGCUGCCCCGUGGCGUCUGUACAGAGGCAGCUGCAGAAGCUGGAAAUAACCAAGACCAAUGCGAUCGCCAUUGCCGGAGGUUCGCCCAGCGGCGCUUCGUCGUCUGACUCGGAUUCGAGCAGUGCCCUGGACAGCGCCCCAGGCCGGCCCUGCCAGUGGAGGCCCCGGCAGAAGCCCUGCCUCUGCGACCGCGGGGUCCUGGCGCGGUCGCGGCGCCUGGACGGCCAUGCCCACCAGUGCCUGGGCUUCGGGCAGCCGCUGGGGCAGCCGUCGCACCCCUACAGGCAGGACGUCGAGCACCGCGGCAGGUCCUUCAGCCUGGACCAGAUGUGGCGCAUCGAGCGCGAGAACCAGGACCUGCUGCGGCGGCUCCGCGCGUGCAGGAGGGUGACGCCCCCCAGUGUAGCCACGCCCAUCAAGAUCACGGCCUCCUCGGCCAUCAACCGCACUGCGCGCCAGAGGCAGAUAGACCGCGAGAACAUGGUCAUUCGUCGUCGGCUGCAGGACAUCGAGCAGUCCUCCUCCACGCUGGGCUUGGGCUUGAGUGCGGGCCUGAGGGAAGGCCGGCGAGGGGGCGUGCCGGGCGGGCCGGGCGGGCGCGCCUGGGUCUCUGUCCGAGGGGGCUCGGGGACGUCCAUGCGCGCCAGAGCGGCCGCCGCCACCGCCACCCCGGCUGCGGCUGGGGCGCAGACUCCACAGCGCCUCGCACCCCACGGCCACGGCCACGGCCGCGCCUGA